AGUUAAUGUUUGGACGUCGAUAAGCACUUGUCAUAGUUUUUAUAAUAUUAAAAAACAAAUUUUAAAACGAAAAUGGAAAAGUGGAAUGGAAAAGUUGCUGUAGUGACAGGCGCUUCUUCUGGGAUCGGAGAGGAGACUUGUCGACAACUGGUUGAAAGGGGAAUGAUUGUUGUUGGUUUUGCUAGGAGAGAAGAUAAACUUCAGGAGUUAGAAAAAGAUUUAAAAGGAAAACUAGGUAAAUUUUAUUACGUUAAAGUUGAUUUGUGUUCGGAAGAAAACAUUAUGGAAGCUUUCAAUUGGGUGAAGAGUACAUUGAAAUCGGUUGAUGUACUAGUUAACAAUGCAGGCGUUUUGAAGAAAAGUGAUUUAUUAGGAAACACAAAUGAUUGGAAACAAAUGUUUGACACUAAUGUCAUGGGUCUAAACAUUUGCAGCAGAGAAGCUAUAAAAAUCAUGGAGGAAAUACAAAUCAAAGAGGGUCACAUAAUAAAUAUUAACAGUGUUGGAGGUCAUUACCAAUUUCAAUUUGUGAAGGAUUUUUCAGUUUACUGUGCUACCAAACAUACUGUUACUAUAAUCACAGAGAGUUUAAGAGAAUUGAUGGGCAUGAAAAAUUUACCCGUCAGAGUCACGAGCAUCAGUCCGGGUGCAGUAGAUACCGAAAUGACUCUGGAGUUCAGCAAAAUGGAAGGAUUUAAAAUGUUGAAAUCUAUUGAUAUUGCUGAAGCUAUUUUGUAUGCGUUGAGUGCACCGCAACGUGUUAACGUCGCUGAAAUCAUCAUUAGACCAACAGGUGAAAAUACAGCAGGUUUGAUUAAGAAUUUUGUAUAGAUAUUGACAUAUUGUCGCAUAUUCAGCAUUUAUGCUGAUACAGUAGUAUAAGACAUUAUAAUUAUUAUAUAUUAUUACGAUCUGCGGGGCCUGUCCAUCAGUCAUAGUUAAUAGAAAAUGUUUAAUUUACAUCAAAUGAUUUAUAAAUCUACAGUUAACUAGAAAGUAAUUUAUCGAUAUUAUAGAGGAUUAUAAAACACGUUUGUAUUAUAUUAUUCAUAUUAAUAAUGCAGUUAUAAAUAAAUUAGGAACGAUAUAUGCACUGUGUAAUUCAAGUAUAAAUAACACACGUAGUACAUAUUUCACUGUUUAAAAUAAUAAUGCUCUAACAAACCAGGUUGAUCUAUUAUAAAAAUAUAUUCAUACUUACCUUUUUGUAAUUCUUAGAAAUAUUUUUUUUGUAAUUUAGUUUCUAUAUAAUAUGUAUUGAUGCAAGUAUAUUAUUUAUAUAAUAUUAUGGUUAUUGAUUCCAUGUAUUUGAAUUUAAUUUAGUCGUAAUUUUACACUAUUUAUUUGAUAACAAUAAAGUUCAUUGACAGUUAUUCAAUAUUACAGA